AUGGCUUCUCUUGUCACCAACGUCUUACAAUUAGCUGGGUCCGAUAGCGGAAUUAUCAGGGACCUCCAUUACGGGGACCCUGUCCUAUUGGACAAGAUCAAUGGUUUCCAGCGACUUCUCGAAAGAAACACGAUCCCAUUUUGUGCAUUCAUUGAGCGCAAAGAGACAGAUUACGGCAAGAAGAUAGGGCUCACAGGGAUUUGGAAGGAACUGGUUGUUGAUGAAGAGUCUGCUGGGGCUUUAGGGCCGCACAAGUUUCACCUGAACACUGAUCAUUUCAAAAUCAACAAAUUUUCUGGUCCUCAGGAUCGAUCCUUCCUGACAGUCUCUUCUCAAAUUAACGAGAUGUUCACAAAUUGGAAACCACUGAUUGAAAGCCGAAAGGCUGGCUCAAACCGCCCAGGUGCUCAACGAAAGAUUUUGGAGAAUAAAGAGAGACAUGAGAGAAUAGUGCAAUUUCUCGCGAAGAGCGAUUUUUCCGCGCGGUACAAGGACGUGUUCUCUGCCAGACACAAGAAGACGGGCCAGUGGUUUCUGGAAGCGGAAAACUUUCAGAGCUGGGCAGGGAAAGAAGGGCAGACCCUUUGGUGUCCAGGCAUUCCAGGAGCGGGAAAAACAAUCUUGCUUGCUAUUGCAGUAAACUAUCUUCAGGAAAAGUUCUUCAAAAGCGAUGAAGUGGUGCUUUUUGCCUUCUGCGACUACAAGGACCGGCCGAAUCAAAGUGCAGAGAACAUGAUUCUGUCGCUCUGGAGACAACUGAUGCAAAAACGGGUUCUCAGUGAAGUUGAAUGCGAAAAUCUAGAGACAACAUAUAUCAAAAGAGGAGUCAUUCCGACAACCGAUGCUGUGGUCAAAAUGCUUUCGGAUGAAAUGGCUAAAUACUCGCGGGUCUUUAUUCUGCUAGAUGCUCUCGAUGAGCUUCACAACGAAAGUCGGGACUCGCUGAUUUAUCUUUUGAGACAACUGCCCGCAAAGAAGAACUUGCUGAUCACGUCACGCAUACCGAAGGAAAACAAUUCUUAUUUCCGCAAAGUUCCUCAGUUGGAAAUCCGAGCAAGAGACAAGGAUAUCACGGACUAUAUCAACGGUCGCUUAGAAUCUGUCUCAAAGCUUCGCUCCAAAGUUGAAAAUAAUCACAAACUCAAAGAAGAGAUCAGGAGCACCAUUACAAAGAAGGCUGAUGGGAUGUGGCUUCACCUGAAUUCUUUGGCAUCUAAGCACACUGUUAAGGAGAUGAGGGCUGAUCUAAGGAACCUGCCAGAAGGAGAAAAUGCUAUCUCCGAUACUUACGAUGGGGCGUUCUCUCGCAUCCGUGAUCAAACUCGUGAAGAUCGCGAACUCGGAGAGAAAAUCAUCCUAUGGAUCUCUCAUGCACAAAGACCAUUGACAAUGAAAGAUUUACAAUGCAUCUUAACAUUGCAGGAAGGGGAUACAGACCUGGAAUUUGAUGAUCUAAUUCCAGAGGAGCUUCUUAUCUCUACUUGCGCUGGUCUUGUCACAGUUGAAAAUCUGUCCGGAAGAAUACAAUUUGUGCACUCUACCGCGCAAGAGUACGUCGAUUCCAUCAAGCUGACAAAGUUCCCGGGUGCCGAUUUGACAAUCGCCAAGUCUUGCAUUCACUACCUCUCCUUGUCAAUUUUCUGUACAGAAACUAAAGAAAUCCACACCACGUCCUUCAACAAAACUGUGUCUAGCUACCCGUUCCUGGAGUAUGCAGCCCUUUUCUGGGGCCUACAUGCUAGACGUGCGGAUAGCGUUGAGGCCAAAUCUUCCGUCGAAAAGUCGGUCAGACAGUUCUUCAACCUCAGACUACAAUCUACAUUUGCAGUUCGUACUCUUUUGUGUGGCGUGGCAGGAGUUGAUGGUGCUGAAAUGGGAGAUGACCUCGCGCGCAAUGAUCGCUCCAUCAAAUUGAUCAACAUCUUGGCCUACUUCGGAUUGGACUUUCUCUUGGUUGAUCUGAUUUCCAGUAGACCAGGGGUAAUAGCGGAAUCUUUUGACCACUUCGUUGGCAAUGUUUUGCACUGGGCUGCCCUUGGUCAGCAUGAAAAGACUUUGAAGAUCUUGUUGAGCCAGUCCUCUGUCGGCGACGUUUUGAAUCAGAAAGGAUACGAGCUUUUUGCACCAUUACAUAUGGCUUUGGUUUACAGGCGUGACCUCUCCGCUGAGAUCAUACUGGAUUAUGGCCCCGAUGUUAGAACUGCAGCUCAUUUCGAUCAUACGCCCCUGUUAAUCGCGUCUCUUACUGGCAACAGUGCUAUCAUUCCUAAGCUACUUUCCGCCGACAAAGAACUGAAGACUCUAUUGAUGCGGGGGCAUUCAUCGACUACUCCCUUUCGUGCUGCUGCGAUGUGGGGACACAAGGAUGUGAUGGUUGAGCUAUUGCGUGCUUUGGACCACUAUGAGCUCAGCGAAGAUCUUCACGAGCUUAGAGACGACUUUUGGAGAAAUCCUAUGCACAAUGCUGCUGAGGGAGGCCAUGUAAGCAUUUGCGAAGUUCUGCUACAGUCUAAAUACGGAGUCCAAUUCGCUACUAGUGAAGAUGGGUGGUCGAUGAUCCCAAUGGAAAUGGCCCUUUUGCACGGCCACGUGGAGCUCACUGAGCUUUUCCUGAAUUGGAACAAUGGAACCUUGCUAGCUAGUGAGCCCGGGACUGUCGCGGGGGCACUUACCUUGGCUGCUCAUUUCGGACAACCGAUGGUCGCAGAUAUGCUGCUAGCUCGCCACCCCGAAGCUUGUUCCUCGGAUUUCCGCAAUUACACGGCUCUUCAUCAUGCAGCCUACAGUGGCUCGGUUGAAACUGUUAAAGUAAUUCUCGGUUAUCCUGCGGGAUCUUCGACGUUGGAGGCGAGAGACAAAUCGGGAAAUACACCUCUUGUUGGAGCGGCCGACAGAGGUCAGUCAGAGAUUGUGGAAUACCUCCUUGAAAAGGGCGCAAAUAUCAAUGCCAAGAAUGACGACGAGAAGACCGCUCUCCACCUUGCCUGUGAAGGAGAUCUUGAUCAAGUGAUCAAGAUACUCCUUCAAUCUGAGUCGGACAUUGACAUCGAGGCUAAAGAUUCCGAUGGUCGAACCGCACUCGUUGUUGCGAAUGAGUGGCAGGCAUCAGGGGCAAUCAAAUUGCUCUUGGGUGCGGGAGCACAAAUCCCCGAGGGCUUCACCAUUUUUGACACAACGGGAAUGAUCGAACAAUAUUCUCCUGAGCAGCCAGUUGACCAGUUCAAAGCGUACUUCUAUCUCAAAAAGGCAUCGGCAGACAAGCUCCCUCAACCUCUGAUUUCCAAUAUAUUGGAUCUCGCAGAGUACUGGAUUGUCAGAAAGACCGAACGCUAUGAGUCAAAACACGCCACAAAUUUCGACGGUGACACAAUGGUCUACCUGCGAAGCGCUCCAAUCAUAGGAAACCCUCACCACCCCGUGAGGCGUAUCGAAUACGAAGUCGUCAGCCACGAUCAGGGUUUCAGUAACGACCACCACGUACAUGGAACAUAUGAAUGCUCUUAUACUUGGUUUGACGCUAGCCGCGAGUGCAGUCCCGGGCCAUUCCAGGGAUCGGCCAGUCGAAUUUUGGGGCCGAUCAUCUUGCGGAAUGUUCAUGCAAGAAAUAAUUGGCACAAGCAUCGCAUAACAUGGUGUAGUGUAACUGGAGUAAGAACUUCUCGUGUGAGCACAGACGAAAGCACAAAUGAUGAAAUCGAAGAGACUGUCACAACGGUCCACCCUGAUCAUCGAAGACCGAGGCCUGAACCGCUUAAGUGGAUUACAGAGAUCAACCCUGGAGAGCGGAUUUUGAUGACGGCUAUGGCCCAGUUUCCCGGUUGGACCAAUUAUAUUCAGCGAGCGAAGUUCGUGGUCUAUACAAGCUAUCUCAAAUCUGGUGGAGUGUAUUAG